UCCCCCGAAAAGAGACGACGACGCUACCAAUUACCAAGCGGCAAGUACACGAGCAGACUCGCUCUCCAGCAGAUAAAGUUCACACCUUUAUCGCAUCUCCUCAGACACCUCGGACACGACAACUCUCCCCUCCCUCGAAAGCCAUGAACCGUCGCUCGCCGGAACUGCUCCGACCAACCUGAUCCUCGUACCCUGCCGCAGAGGAGCAAACCAUGAAUCCCCUCUGCAGAUCCCUGGACUGUCUCUCCGCAAAACCUCCUCCUCCGCCGCCGCUCAACCCCCCGCUCCGCCUCCGAUCCGCCGCGUCCCUCCACUUCCCUCGCUCCUCCUCCUUCCUCGGCAGCCCCGGAAACCUCAAAUUCAAACGGACCCUCGUCCCGAAACCGCUCCGGCGAGCCCCGGUCAGCGCCUCCGCGGCUGCGGACAUCGACAUGGUGAAGGACAGGGAGGGUGUCUACGCGCCGAAGCAGAAGAAGGUGGUGGUGCUGUGGGACCUGGACAACAAGCCGCCGCGGGGCCCGCCGUACCAGGCCGCCACGGCCCUCAGGCGGGUGGCGCAGAACUUCGGCGAGGUGGUCGAGAUGUCGGCGUACGCGAACCGGCAUGCGUUCAUUCACCUGCCCCAGUGGGUCGCCGAGGAGCGCCGCGAGCGGAAGCAGCUCGACAUUCUCGAGCGCAAAGGUGUGGUGACUCCGCCCGAGCCUUACGUUUGCGGGGUGUGCGGCCGAAAGUGUAAGACGAAUAUGGACUUGAAGAGGCAUUUUAAGCAGUUGCACGAGCGAGAGAGGCAAAAGAAGUUGAAUAGGAUGAGGUCUUUGAAGGGGAAGAAGAGGCAAAAGUACAGGGAGAAGUAUGUAGCUGGGAAUCAUAAGUAUAAUGAGGCGGCGAGGGUGUUGAUCAAGCCAAAAGUCGGAUACGGUUUGGCAUCGGAGUUGAGGAGAGCUGGCGUUUUGGUUAAGACUGUGGAGGAUAAGCCACAGGCAGCGGAUUGGGCCCUGAAGAAGCAAAUGCAGCAUUCGAUGAGUAGGAGGAUUGACUGGUUGUUUUUGGUGUCUGAUGAUUCGGACUUUUCGGAGAUGUUGAGGAAGGCAAGGGAGGCGAAUUUGGGGACGGUUGUGGUCGGGGAUUGGGAUCGGGCAUUGGGAAGGCAUGCCGAUUUGUGGGUUCCUUGGAAUGGGGUAGAGAAUGGGGAGGUUACCGAGAAGGAUUUGGUGCCCAAUAGGCGGAGAGAGCGGGAGGACUCUGAUGGGGAGGACAGCUUCUUUUCGCUUUCAGUCUUUGAUGAGGACGUUGAUGGAGACAGUGACUUGGACAAUGUAGUGAAUGAGCUUGUUGCAGGAAGGUCUGCGAUUGGUAGCGUGAGGAUUUCGGCUUUUUCAGAAGGGGAGGAAGAGGAGGAAGAAGAAGAAUGGGACACAGAGGAAGUAUUCAAUGGCUUCGUGUUGGGGUAUAGUGAGGAUGAGGAAGAUGUCUACUUCUGAUACAAAAAUUACAUCUCUCAUUGUCAAAGUUUGUUUCAAAGCCAUUUGAUAAUUGAAUUGCAAUGACAUUGUGUCCAAGAGCUGAUCAUAUCAUAUGGUUACCUGGAAAGAGAUGGCCAUUUGGACGAAUUGGCAACUAAUUAGCUGGUUUGUUUCCAACAAGUUUGCGUACAAAAGUUGCCUGUCUGUAUAUUAUACACCACAUUUCUCAAAGGCUUAACUCUCUUACUGGAUCUAUCACUUGGAUUAACAACAAUACAAGGCUCAUUUUGUGUCUUCUCCAUCAACAACUAUUUCAUUCCGAGACAGGAUAAUAAAUCUGCUCUUAGGAUAAA